AUGUCUACCACGUCCAGCACGCCCGACCUCUUCCGCGAAGUUUUCCCCGACUUGGCUGAGAAAGCGUCGACUGUUUGUGUCGACAUGGGUAUUAGUACUGUGGGUGUGCUCGAGGCGGCCCUGGAGGACAAGGAGCUGACCGACGAAUUAUUGAGAAG